UAUAAAUUAAUUUAAUCUCUGCAAUAGAAUUAUGGAAAACAAAGAACGGCUAGAUGCUUAGAACGUGUAAUUAUUAGAAAAAAUAAGAGAAAAUAUUCCAGUGCUGAAGAUUCAAAGGCGAAGGGAAGAAGGAGGAGAAGUCUCUCUUUCUCUGUCCUUCAUUACUUGAAUUUUUUAAUUUUUUCAAUUUAAUCCUUUUUCGACUGUCAACGGCUACGUCCGUCUCCGUUUGUUGAUAAUGAUGUUUUUCAUUUGGAUCGAAAUUAAAAAAGAAGAAACAAAAAACAAACGAACGGUGUUGAUGUUUUGAUUUUUUGAAUGAUUUGAAGUGAGAGUGAAAUUUCAAAUUUCGAACGAAUAUGGGGUUGAUUUCGGGGAUUUUGAUGGGAAUGAUCUUCGGUGUUUCGUUAAUGGCUGGUUGGCUUCAAAUGAUGAAAUACCGAAGCGGGAAACGAAUCGGAAAGGCAGUUGAUAUAAAAACUCUUUCGACUCUCAAUAGAGAUGAUCUUAGGAAAAUUUGUGGAGAUAAUUAUCCUGAAUGGAUAUCUUUCCCUGUCUUUGAACAGGCAAAAUGGUUGAACAAGCAAUUGAGCAAAUUAUGGCCUUUUGUUGCAGAGGCAGCAUCAGCUGUGCUCAAAGAAUCUGUUGAACCACUCUUGGAAGACUACCGACCUACGGCAGUUAACUCACUGAAGUUUGCCAAAUUGUCUCUCGGAACUGUGGCUCCGAAGAUUGAAGGUAUUCGUGUUCAGAGCCUUAAGAAAGGUCAAGUCACGAUGGAUAUUGAUCUUCGGUGGGGUGGUGAUCCAAAUAUAGUUUUAGAAGUUGAUACACCUGUUGGUAAUAUACCAAUUCAGUUGAAGGAUCUUCAAGUUUUUACGGUUGUUCGAGUCAUUUUCCAUCUUGCUGAAGAGAUGCCUUGUAUUUCUGCACUACUUGUUGCUCUUCUUUCUGAGCCAAAACCUAGAAUUGAUUACACUCUGAAGGCUGUUGGUGGAAGCUUAACUGGACUUCCUGGAAUUUCGGAUAUGAUUGAUGAUACCGUGGAGUCAAUUGUCACAGACACGCUUCAAUGGCCACACAGAAUUGUUGUUCCAAUGGGUGGUACAGCAGUUGAUGCAAGUGAAUUCGAGCUUAAACCUGAGGGAAGGUUGACAGUUACAGUAGUGAGAGCUAAUGAUUUAAAGAACUUGGAAAUGAUUGGAAAAUCCGAUCCCUAUGUGGUCGUGCACAUUCGACCUCGGUUCAAGGUUAAAACAAAAACCAUUGAUAACAACUUGAGUCCUGUUUGGAAUGAAACAUUUGAGUUGAUUGCAGAAGACAGAGAGACACAAGGACUAACUGUAGAGGUUUUCGACAAGGAUAUCGGGCAAGACCAGAGAUUAGGAAUCGCGAAAGUUCGUUUGAGUGAACUGGAACCCGAGAAACCAAAGGAAGUUAAUCUGAGGCUUCUGGCCUCACUUGAUACACUUAAAGUAAAAGAUAAGAAGGACAGAGGAACUUGUACCAUUAAGCUUUUGUACCAUCUGUUUAGCAAGGAGGAACAAUUGGUUGCGCUAGAAGAAGAAAAGAGGAUCUUAGAAGCAAGAAAAGAAAUGAAAGAAGCAGGAGUUAUCGAGAGCACGGCGGAUGCGGUCGACGCGUCGGCAUCUGGGUCCAGUACCGCUACCGGAGGUAGUGGGAUCAUGGGGAGUGUUGGUAGAGAACUGAGCAAAGCAGGGAAAUUCAUGGGCAGGACAAUAACAGGGCAUAGCAAAAGAAUUGAAUAGGGCAUAGCAACAUCCAAGCAAAUGGGGAUCAAAACCGGUAAAAGGAUUAUGGAGUCUUUAUACAAGGAGUCAAAUUAUAUUUUACUCUAUUUGCUUUAAAAAUGAGUAAAUUAAUUUUAUAUAUUAAAUUAAAGAGUAAAUUUGGUCUUUUUUGUUAAAAAAA